CAGUUUGAGCAAACGACGUCUGUUAACCGAAAGUGAAAACACCAAAACCAACCAGAUAUGUCCAUUUUAUUUUCUCUCUUUCCACACCAAAAAAAAAAAUGUUGACCGAGACAAUAUAUAUAUAUAUACACAUGCAACUCUCUCUUACCCCGUGCGUCUGAAUAUACAAGAAUCACACAUAUCUGGUGUUUUUAAAUAACAUCAUUUAAUCCUAGACGUUGGUUUGAUGUUUGGAAGAUUCUGGGCGGUUAGGUUUGUUUGUUGACGGUGGGCAAUCGCCUUCUCUUUAAGCCAAGAGCAACAAGAGAGAUGGAAACAGGGAAGCAAUCGUCUUCUUCAUUCACUUCUGAUCUUUUUGGGGCCAAGGAUUCUUCUUCAUCUUCUCAGAUUUUGAGCUCCAUUUUUGCCCCACCUGCUAAGGUGAGUGGACUGGAAAAUGAGAAGAAGAAUGGUUCUGUAACUCAAGCGUCUACUGCAAAAACAGGUGAGAAGGAGAAAAGAUCGUAUUUGGAGGAGGAGAAAACGACGCCGUUUCACUACAGCUCGUCGAUAUACUACGGUGGGCAAGAUGUCUAUUCUCAACCCCACAGUUCCAGCCUCACUACUUUAAAUAAGGAUGUGGGAGAAGACGAGUCAGACAGUGCUUCAAGAGGGAAUUGGUGGCAGGGAUCGCUUUACUACUAAUAUCUGAUUUCAGACAGCAUCGCCUUUACUUCUUCUAUGCACUUCCAUCAUUUCUCUUGCAUUUUUUAAUACCACCUAUCAAUAAAUAUAUAUGGUCUCAGAGUUUCUGAA